AAGAACAUGGGACGGUAUGAUUGGUUCUUCCGAUGUAUGGUGAUACAGACGUAGAUUGGCCCGGCCCAGAAGAGGGUAUAAAUUUGCUGGGGUUCAGAGAGCAUCUGCCUUCCUCCAGGACAUCCUCGAGGAAGCAAACAGGUGUCAGAUUUUGACUGGGCCCUCCCACCUCAACGCUCUUUGAAGAGUCUGUUCACCACCGAAGGGAGAAGUAUCUCUGCAAGGAAAUCUAGAAGAAGCUGUGAAAAUGUCUCAGCCAAGAGCGGAUGAUGGCAGCGUCCGAUUUUCCCCGGAGCUCUCGGAGGGGGAGAAAGAAGCCACCAGGAGCAGGAAGGUGAAAGUCCUGGAGUGUCUCAACAAACUGGGCAUUUCCUGCGAUGAGAAGACCAUGCCCAAUAUCGCCGUGCUAGGAUCGGGCGGGGGCCUGCGGGCCACAAUCGCCCUUCUGGGAACCUUGGCGGAGAUGAAGAAACAAGGCCUGCUGGACGCCGUCAUGUACCUGUGCGGGGUGUCGGGUUCCACUUGGUGCAUAUCCACCCUCUACAACGGGAAGGACUGGGCAAAGAACAUAGAGACGCUGGAGGAAAAACUAUGUAAUGAUCUUUGCUGGACUCCAGUUGAUAUUCAAAAGCAGCUGGAUUGGGUGACAAAGGCAGCAGAUGGUGAAGUGUUCUCUCUGACCGAUGUCUGGGAAGCGUUCGUUGUCAAAAAUAUAUUGAAACUGAAUCGUGGGAAAAAGUUAUCUGAACACAAGGCUGCCGCCAGUAAUGGCAUGAAUCCGUACCCUAUCUAUGCAGCAGUAGAACAGAACACAUUUGAAAAAGAAAAUACAUGUCCAGGGACCUGGUUUGAAUUCACCCCCCACGAGUGUGGUUUUCCCGGCCUGGAUGUAUUUGUGAGCACCAAAUAUUUCGGAAGCAAGUUCCAGGGUGGGAAAUUGACGGAACCGAAGGAAGAGAAACACAUGAGCUACUUGCAGAGUCUCUGGGGAAGUGCCUUGGGAAGCAUGCAGGAAAACAAACACUAUUUAAUGGCACAUAUUAAGGGACUAUUCGAAAGAGGCCCGAAACCUUUGGAUUUUACGGCAGUGUACGGAAUCUUCAAGAAUGAAUGGGAUCGCCUUGGAAAUAGUGUAGAUGACUAUAGGAGCAACCCUGAUAACACAGUUUGGACCAGGUUUCGAUCCUACUUUGAAGCGCCACUGAAAGCUCUAAGAUUUGUCACUAGACGCACAAACUUUAUAGAAAAAUUGAAGACCUGUUACGAUAACUGGACAUGGGGAAUCACCAACAACUUUCUGUAUCAAACUGGCAACGUCCAUGCCGAUGGCUUGGACAAGCGCGAAGUCUUCAACUUGAUCGACGCUGGCGUGGCUAACAACUGCGCCUACCCCCUGGUCCUGCGCCCUGCCAGGCGCGUGGGACUGAUCCUCUCCUUCGACUUCUGCAUCGACGGAUCCUUUGAGACCCUCAAGAGGGCGUCCAAGUAUUGUGAGGAAAAUCAGAUCCCAUUCCCCCCGAUAGAUCCAGAAGUGAUGAAGGACCUAGCCAACCCCUCCAGUUGCUACAUCUUCGAAGGAAAGGGUACUCCCACCGUCAUGCACUUCCCGCUUUUCAACACAAAAAACUGUCCAGGACCACAAGAAAUUACAAAGACCAGAAUCACGUUUCCCACCCUUCGUAUGUCCUACACAAGGCAAGAGAUGGAAGAACUCCUCAACAAGGCGAAGAUGAAUGUGGCUGAAAACAAGGACAAGAUUCUGGAGCAGAUCCAGAAGAUUGUGUCUUCUCCCACCAGGGGAUUUUAAAACCCCCUCUCUUUUAGGUUCACGAAACACAGAAAAAUCUUUGCCUGACUCUCACACGACACUAUACACCAGGGGUGGGCAAUGCAUUGGCGGCGGUUCACCGGGGUUAGCCCCUGGUGGGCCGUGGUCACUGUAUUUAACUGCACCUCCACAGGUACGGGCGGCCGCAGCUCCCAUUGGCCGGGAGCAGUGAUCUGCCACCAAUGGGAGCUGUGAGCCCUGUACCUGCAGAGGCGCUGGUAAAUACGCCAGUGAGGGGCCUGGCAGAUCCGAUCCGGCCAUAGGCUGGUGUUUGCCCACCCCUGCUGUACACUGUGCGCAUUCAGAACCAUACUGUAGUAGGGAAAAGUGGGUUAGAUUCACAAAGGGAUUUAGGCACCGAGCCCCAGAUUUCGGCACCUCAAGACUCUUGCUCAGCUGUUGUGAAACACAGAACUCCCUCAGCACCUAAGAUGUUGCCGGGGCAUCUCCUAGGCACCUAGAUUUCUGCCUCAGAGCCUGUGUCCCACAGCCCCAUCUCCCCGGCCCAGGUCCCAAGGCCCAGGGACUCUUAAAACCAGAGCUGAGGUGUCGCCUGACACAAGGCAGGUUUCAGCCACAGCUGCGUGAGGGGCAGGUGAAUCCCAGUGGGGCCCGGCGGCUGGGCUUCCCCUGUGGAAUAGGGCAGCUGGGAGCCAAGGCCUUUUGUGAAUGUCGCCCUGCAAUUAGUAACGUGACCCGAGGGAGAGAGGGAGGGAGAGAUGGGUGUGUGGAGAUAGAUAGAUAGAUAGAUAGAUAGAUAGAUAGAUAGAUAGAUAGAUAGAUAGAUAGAUAGAUAGAUA